AUGAAGAUAUCAUCAGCUUCCGUGCAUAUACCACCCGGUUCACCAUCUGUUGUCGCAACCGGCGGACCUCUCGAUAUCGCAGCUAGGGUGAGCGGGAUGAGCGCCGUGGAGGAACUCAAGCUCCUCAAGGACCAGGUUCAGGACGUCGCUCGCGUUUGUAAUGCCGUCGCCAACGGUGACCUCAGUCAAAAGAUAACUGUCGACGUUCGAGGCGAAGUCAUGAUUAAACUGAAGGAUGCGCUCAAUACCAUGGUAGAGAGGCUCGGCCAGUUUGCAAAGGAAGUUACGCGCGUAUCGCAGGAAGUGGGAACGGAGGGGAAACUCGGAGGCCAAGCGUUUGUCCCUGGAGUCGAAGGAACGUGGCAAGAGCUAACCGAUGUCGUCAAUGUCCUUGCUGGCAAUCUGACAAGUCAAGUACGGUCCAUUGCCCAGGUUACCAAAGCCGUCGCUGUUGGAGAUCUCUCAAAACAAAUCGAGGUCGACGCCAGAGGCGAAAUUCUCGAUCUCAAGAACACCGUCAAUGGGAUGGUCGUCCGACUGAGGGCAUUGGCUGCCGAGGUUACCCGAGUUACUCUAGAAGUGGGCAGCCAAGGCAAGCUCGGUGGUCAGGCUGAUGUACCGGACGUCGAGGGCGUGUGGUUCGAGUUGGUUAGGAACGUAAACCGCAUGUGUUUAUCCUUGACCGAUCAAGUUCGUUCCAUCGCUUCCGUCACGACCGCCGUGGCACAGGGGGAUCUGACCAGGAAAGUAGAGAUCGAGGUCGAGGGUGAGAUGCAACAGCUCAAGACCACGUUCAACUCCAUGGUCGAUGACCUCAACGCCUUCGCCGGUGAAGUAACACGGGUCGCGUUGGAGGUUGGUACGCAGGGUAUACUUGGCGGUCAAGCGACAGUUGAGGGCGUGCAGGGUACCUGGGCAGACCUGACGAGGAACGUAAACAGGAUGGCCACCAACCUCACGGACCAAGUUCGUUCCAUAUCAAAGGUCACCAAGGCUGUCGCGAUGGGGAACCUCACACAGCUUGUCGACGUCAACGCUCAAGGCGAGAUGCUUGACCUGAAAAUCACAGUAAACCAGAUGGUGGAGCAGUUGAGUGUCUUCGCGAGUGAAGUUACGCGUGUCAGUUUGGAAGUCGGCACGGAAGGUAGGCUGGGUGGGCAGGCUGUCGUCCCUGGUGUGUUUGGAACUUGGAAGGCCUUGACGGAUAAUGUGAACCUGAUGGCGAUGAACCUUACGAACCAAGUACGGUCUAUCGCUGUAGUUACCAAGGCUGUGGCGAAUGGUGAUCUAUCCAAGCGCGUGCAGAUUGAUGUCAAGGGAGAGUUCCUCGAGCUGAAAGAUACUGUGAAUCAAAUGACCUCUUUAUUGAGUGUAUUUGCCGAUGAGGUUACGAGAGUGGCAAGGGAGGUGGGUACUGAAGGCAGACUGGGCGGUCAGGCUCAGGUCAAGAAUGUUGCCGGGACGUGGAAAGCCUUGACAGAUAAUGUUAAUGUGAUGGCUAGUAAUCUGACGAACCAAGUACGGGCAAUUGCAAUUGCCACGUCGGCCGUGGCGCAUGGAGAUCUGACGCAGAAGAUUGUUGGGCUAUCCGUCUCGGGCGAAAUGUUGGAGCUUGUCGAAACGAUCAAUAGGAUGAUCGUUCAGCUGAACAUCUUUGCUGUAGAGGUCAAGAAGGUCGCGAGAGAGGUCGGGACGGAAGGAAAACUAGGUGGUGUUGCUGAUGUGGGUAACGUGCAGGGUAUUUGGCAAGAGAUUACACGGUCCGUCAAUGCCAUGGCGGGUAACCUUACUACUCAAGUACGUGGCUUCGCUCAGAUCUCGGCCGCUGCUAUGGACGGCGACUUCACCCGGUUCAUAACUGUCGAGGCUAGCGGCGAGAUGGACUCUUUGAAAACCCACAUUAACAGCAUGGUGUUCAAUUUGAGGGAUAGUAUUCAGAAGAAUACUGCUGCGAGGGAAGCCGCUGAGCUGGCGAACAGAAGCAAAAGCGAGUUUCUGGCGAACAUGUCGCAUGAGAUCCGGACGCCCAUGAAUGGUAUCAUUGGGAUGACCGAGUUGACACUGGACAGCGAUCUUAACCGAUCACAGAGGGAGAGCCUGUUGUUAGUUCAUAGCCUUGCGCGAUCCUUAUUAUUGAUCAUCGACGAUAUCUUGGAUAUCUCAAAGAUCGAAGCGGGCCGUAUGACGAUGGAAGCUGUCUCCUUCUCACUUCGCCACAUCGUAUUCGGGAUGCUCAAAACGUUAGUCGCGCGCGCGUCGCAGAACAACCUCGACUUGACGUUCGAUAUCGCGCCUGAUAUUCCUGAUCAUCUUAUUGGUGAUUCAUUGCGGCUGCGGCAGGUGAUAACAAAUCUGGUCGGCAAUGCGAUCAAGUUCACGCCUCCGAAGAUCUCACGAAGAGGGCUCGUCGCGGUUAGUGUGCGCCUGGUGGCGUCUGAUGACCAGAAUGUCGUGCUUGAGUUCUGUGUCUCUGAUACGGGCAUUGGUAUACCCAAGUCUAAGCAGAAUAUAAUCUUUGAUACGUUCUCCCAAGCGGAUGGGUCUACGACUCGGGAAUAUGGCGGGACUGGUCUUGGUCUUUCGAUAUCGAAACGUUUAGUGGUGCUAAUGAGGGGUAACAUGUGGGUGGAGAGCGAGGUGACGAAAGGCAGCAAGUUUUUCUUCACGAUCACUUCGCGGAUAAGUUGCGUUUCGAUGGAGACCAUCCUGUCCAAAAUGACGCCGUUCGUGAACCGGACCAUAUUGUAUGUGGAUACGUUUCGAGACGACACUGGUGUUGCGGAGCAGAUUGCUCAAUUGGGAUUAAAGCCCUACGUCGUGCAUUCGGUGGCGGAGGUUGGGUCUGAGCCUUCUUCAGGUUCACAUAUCGAUACGAUUGUGGUUGAUUCUUUGUUGGUGACCGAGAGUAUCAGGGAACUUGACCAUUUCAGAUAUCUACCGAUCGUGCUGAUCGCACCCUCUAUAUCUCGGCUGAACCUCAAGUGGUGUCUGGAUAACAGCAUCACGGCACAACUGACGACGCCUGUGACGACCCAAGAUCUCUCUUUCGCUUUGGUGGCUGCCCUCGAGUCGAAUACGGUCAAUCCUGUGACGGUGCCGACGGACCUACGGUUUGAUAUUCUCCUUGCGGAGGAUAAUAUGGUUAACCAGAAGCUUGCGGUGAAGAUAUUGGAGAAGUACGGGCAUUCGGUUGCUAUUGCUGAGAAUGGGAACCAGGCGGUGGAGUCGUAUAAGAAUAGCGUGCUGCAGAGCAAGCCGUUUGAUGUUAUUCUUAUGGACGUGUCGAUGCCGUUCAUGGGUGGUAUACAAGCCACUGAGAUCAUUCGGUCGUACGAAUUGGCUACUGGGCUGUCGCGGAUACCGAUCAUAGCGUUGACUGCACAUGCCAUGAUCGGCGACCGUGAGCGAUGUCUUCAGGCGGGGAUGGACGAUCAUAUAACUAAACCUCUUCGUCGAGGAGAUCUGAUGAAUGCGAUUCAUAAGCUCGCGACGGAGAAGAAUCCGUCGCGGAAUACGUUUCGACGGGCGCCUGCUACGAUGUGA